UGCACUGAAGUCUCACUUCUACCCAGAGUUCCUUGAUAUUACAAAUGCACGAGCUUUUGGAUUACGAAGCUUCCAUACUUAUGGACAUUCAUGAUGACAGCUCUCUUCUGGUUUUGGCUGAAGGCCUCGGACUCGACACGAUCACCUAUCUGACCCUGAAACUCCAUUCAGAUCCGCACAAUUUGCUCUUGGUGUCUAACUACCGAGUGCUGGAAGCCAGGUUUUUGUCAGAACUACUCGCGAAAGAUAAAAUUCUUCACACACCCGUCAUCAUAUCCGCAGAAGUCACCGGCAAAGACCGUGAGGCGAUGUACAAGCGGGGUGGUGUGGUGUUUGUUUCAUCGCGUGUUCUGGUCGUUGACUUACUAAUGAACCGGAUGCCUGCUAGCCUUGUUUCCGGUCUUCUGAUAUUGCGAGCGCACGAACUUGGAGAAGCAUGCCAGGAUAAUUUUGCCAUCAGACUAUUACGUGAGAGGAAUCCGUCCAUUUUCAUCAAAGCCCUGAGUGACAACGCCAUUUCACUGACCUCUGGCUACAAUCACGCCGAGCGCAUCAUGUUGCAAGCGGGGAUAUCAAAGUUAGUAUUAUGGCCAAGAUUCAAUGUGCAGGUUAUCUCCUGUUUAGCGGAUACACAGCCGCAAGUUGAAGAAGUCCGAGUUAAAUUAACAGAAAAUAUGAGGAUUUGUCAAUCAUGCCUUUUGGAACUGAUCAAUGCAUGCAUCAAGGAGCUGGUGGCUCAAAAUCCGAUGCUUAAUAUUGACGAGUUGAGUGUGGAAAAUGCGCUCUUGCCAAAUUUCAAUAGUUUGAUCAAUCUCUUUCUGGAUCCGAUGUGGAAUCAGCUCAGCACCAGUAGCAGACGUCUCAUGGAUGAUAUUACUAAUUUGAGACGCUUAUCUUUCCUGCUAAUCGGGUCUGAUGCCGUUACCUUUCUCAGCGCUUUGGAAGGAUGCAGACAAGCGGCGCUCUCUACUUUGGGUGCCUCUGGCUUGGAACAGGAACGGCGUGGUCCACGUAGUUGUCCAUCUUGGUUCCUACUGAACGAAUCAGAUCGUCUACUCACGGCCGCACGUUCUCGUGUGUACAGCGAUUUCUCCAAAAAGGCUGUACGUAUUGAACUGAACCCGAAAUGGAAUUCCGUCGCCAGUAUUCUCUCUGAGAUUGAUCGCACAAUGAAUUCUCUUGCGGCCACUGAAGCAGAUAAGGGCGAGGUGUUAAUAUUGCUUGGUCGUGAAAACACCGCCAGGACCCUAGAGCGUUUUCUGCUUCGUGGCCAUCGGUUCUCAAAGUGGCUUUUAUCACAGACGAACCACCAUCCCGCAACCCCAAAAGCAAAAGCAUCCACGUCGGAUAAAUCUAAAGGUUCCUCUUUGAAGCAUCAAGAGCUAACUCUUACCCAAAUUUGUAAGCAGUCUACUAGUGUGGACGAAAGUGAACCACAAAAGGAAGUUGAUUCCGACAGUGGAACUGACAGCCAAGAAUCAGAUUGCGCUCCAACUGAACCACCUGUCGAGGGAAAUGCCGAGAAGGAACAGCCAAAACUACCCAUCGGUUGCCGAAGGGUACUUGUUUCUUCGCGUUUGUUGACGGCCAGAGGCUCUCAGGACUCUACGAAACGAUUGGAAGUUAUCCUCAGAGUUGCACCAAAUAUCUCACGCGAAGAUAGCAGCGCCUCAAUAAGCCAGAGGAGCGACUUUCUCGAAGUGUUCUCUCACCGUUUGGCUUAUGUUUUGGAUUCCAUCCAGCCGCGUUAUGUGCUACUGUACGAACCCCGGGUCGCGUGGGUGCGUGAGUUGGAAGUACAUAAAGCAAGACGCCACAUCACAACCCAAGCGGAGCAGGCGGCUGGGCCAAAACAAACCCGUCCUCUGAGCGUUUUCUUCAUGCUGUACGAGGAUUCUAUCGAAGAGCAACGUUAUCUAACACAACUACGAAGGGAGAAGGAAGCUUUUGAGUCGCUCAUCAAGCUGAGCAGCCGAAUUGUGAUUCCCAAGGAUGCUUUCUCUUUGCCCCCAGUUUUUACCAGCGAUUCUUCAGCUCAGUCCACUAAUCCCAGAGUGAUAGUGGAUAUGCGCGAAUUUCGCAGUGAACUACCCGCUCUGCUUCACCGUAAAGGUUUGCAGGUUGUCCCAAUGACUCUGAGCAUAGCGGAUUACAUCUUGGCGCCUCAUUUGUGUGUUGAACGCAAAUCGGUCAGCGAUCUCAUCGGGUCCCUAAACUCCGGUCGAUUGUAUCAGCAAUGUACCGCCAUGUCCAGACACUAUCCCAAUCCUGUUCUGUUGGUCGAAUUCUCUAUGCCGACUAAAAUCAUUGACGGCACUCCUGCUCGUGGGCUGAACCACACCACCGGAUUCUCUCUGUACACUGGCCGCCACAGUAUUGUGUCUGGGGGUGAAUUCAAUGCUCGACAUCUGCUCUCCAAACUCACUUUACUGACCAUUCACUUUCCGAAUUUACGUUUCGUGUGGAGUGUCACCCCUUAUUGUACUGCCGAGCUUUUCGCGGAGCUUAAGCAGGGUCUGACCGAGCCCUCGGUGGAUCGGCUUCCUCAGGACGGCGAACAUUUGGAAGACCAUAAUGUUGAAGCCGUUGACAUGUUGCUCAAACUACCCGGUAUUUCUUGGAAGAACUAUCACCGGAUCAUAACGCACGUGUCCUCAUUGUUCGAACUGGCCCAGCUCAGUUUGGAACAACUGACAGCGAUAUUGGACAGCCUGGAUUGUGCGACGAAGUUGUACAAUUUUCUUCACUCCUCUUGCGAUGUUUUGCGGAAGAGAGAGACGACAUCGGCGGAACUUGAGGACGGCUCGAGGUUAACCGCUGGAAUGAAACGACCAAAGGCUGCAAGUACUCGCGGACCUCGAUUUGCCUUAGCUGGCCGCUUAAAAGUUCGCUCCGCCUGCGGUACAAGCCGCUCAACAUGACAGUGCUGCAUGUGUUUCCAGAAUCAGCAUUUGUAUGCAAUCCACUUCAGCCUCAGAUUUUCCAACUAUCCUUCAGCUUUUGCUUUCCCUCCAAUUAUCUUUUGACCAACCACUCUGGCUUCUUUCACCAUAUUUUUAAUAAAACGGAACUACUGUCUAUUG